AUGCUUGCAGAAUGCAACGUGGCUGGUUUCGUCAGUAACACGGGCCAAAUCGAAAGGGUGCCGUACGUGUUUUUACCUCAACGUGGCCAAAUAAUAUACCCCCAUGCAGAAAUUCGAUUCGAAGGUGUGAGCACGCCAGUGUGUGGUAUAACCGGAGCUCAGCAAUUAGGACGCGCAGGAUGGUCAGAAUUGAGAAACCUUUCGGACACCGAGCCACCCUUCAGGCUGUUUCGUGACGAAGGAAGAACGUUCCUCCAGUGGAUAGGUGAAACGGGACUAAGAGCGGCAGCUGAGGGUCGAGUAGUGACGGCCAAACUCGUCUGCAGAGACGCCUCGCCGAAGUCGAAGCUUCCCAGCGUCUUCACCCCGUGCGUGGCUUUCAGGGUCGCUGGUUCACCGUCUAAAAGUAAUGUUCGAGAAGUGAUGUUCUCUUCGACGACACAACUCUCACAAGGCCUUUCCGCCACGGAAUACACGGCCAUCGGUCUUUCGUCCGUGAUUCUUGCCUUGAUCUACGUUGCGAGCGUGUCCUUGUAUCUUCAUAGCAAAAAGACUAGGAGGAAAAUCGUCGAGGAGCCGGAAAUAAGCUUGACUCCUGGCCGAGAAGUUAGUGGAUUGGUGAAGAACAAUCCUUUGCUCGCUGCUUCGAGACACUUCGAGAGCGAUACGAACAGCGGCUUAACGGAGAGUGAUCUUGGCGAUGAUCUGCCACCAAGCGACGGUGAACAGGGAUUUGAAAAUAUUACUUCGGCUAUUGUUCAUCCCCAUUGCAUUUACAUGGAACAAUCUGAGGGUUGCUUUGGAACUGGAUCGAUUCUAGGUGAAAGACUGCCAGAAGAGGAUGUACGAGUCGUGGAAACCGCGGAUAAUCCGCAUCAACAGGAUGUGCCGGUGUUGCCCGGGGCUCAGAGAAGAAAACUGUACUUCAACCCCGCUUAUUUCGACAGACAAUUGUUGCUUGCGCCCCCUCCAGCAGCCAUCGAGUUCCUUCUCAAAAUUCGGGAAGUUAUCUCUAUCGCGAAGCACAAAAUGGCCGCAAAGAGAUUCGUCCCUACUCUCGUCGGUAUACCGGAAGAAGAAAUGAACACGGAGCACUGCGACACCACGAAAAAUCAGCAACAAUCAGCUUCGAAUUCGGCUCAGAGUUCUAUUACGAAGUCACGGAAGUCUCAACGAUGCACCGGAUGCCCAGGUUGCACAAACUCGUUCAGGGACACGCCUGCGCUUCCGGAACCUGAUCAAACGAAUCCAGGUGAGAGUAAAGUUCGCGCGUGGUUAGAGGACGUCAGAUCAACGCCUCAACGACGUUGGCGAGACGCGGAGGAAGCUCGGAAAGCGCUUCAGGAAAAUACUAAAACCUUCAACAAGAAUUUGGAGUAUUUAAAAGAGCUGGCCAAACGAGAAUUCGACACGGACGUGAAAGGUUUAACAGGAAAACUCCUUUCUUCGUGGAAGGAUAAUCCACCGAUGCUGAAAACGUUUCAAAACGUCGCAAGAAGCGAAAUCCUGGAGACAGGCGAUCGGCAUAGCGUUUCAAAACGUUCGACCAAGUCGAUGUUCGAGGAAUCGAACUAUUAUUCGUCGAGGAACAAGGAUUGUUCGGUCAGUAAUGGCAACGAUGUCAUUAAUGCCAGAGUAAGGAAUGCCAUCGAAAAUUCGUUCAUUAAACAGAUGGAAGAGGACGCAACGUUGAAGAAAGAGACGGUGGAGAAAACAGAAGCUGAAGAGGAGAGAAUCGUAGUCCCUAAGGACGAAGAUAAUAAAAUGGAAGAGAGAAUGGCUGUCAAGGAGAGUUCACUUGGAAAACAAGCGAAUAAAUUCAAUGAAAAUACAACACGAUCGAAAAAGGAGCUACCGGAUAUGAUCAAUGAGCUUCCAGGUGCUAAAAAUACGGCAAAACGUAUAAUGGAUGCCGUGAUCCGCGAAAUGGUCGAUGCAAAGGUACUAGAACAUCAUUCGAGAUCAGGCAACAUCACGGAUUAUGAAGUGGAUAGUUUAGAACGGUCGAAAUCUAGCAGAAAGUCGUCUACUUCGCCAGAAUCGACCGAUCAAUCGAGUCCAGCAUUAUCCACCGCUCUGCCAAUGGACGAGGAACUGACGAUGCAAAACGCUGUGAUUAACACUAGGACCGGUGAAAUGAUGGUACCGAAUAAACUGAACAAGGAUAUCCUCGAAAGAAGCUAUUACAAUAGCCUGCCCGAGCUAAUUUCUUCGCAAAAAUCGGAAAGUUACUCGCUUGUUAGCGAAGUGUACGUGAACGACGGUUAUGAUAGUCCAGCCUGUAGCGACGAUUCUGGGCCAGAAAUUCAAUACGAGCCCGAGAAUCCUGGUCAUUUAACUAUCAAGGUUCAAGAUUCCCCGAAGAACUACGUCAAGCAGGAUGAAUCUGAAUACGAGCCAGACACGUUGGAUAGGAAACCGAUGAAAUUGAAGAUCAAUGACGACGUAAACUACGAAAAGGACGUUCCUGAUGAGAUCUACGUGGACUCUCUGGAAAGACCUGCUCAAAUCCUCCUUAAAAGCAAAGGCAGUUUUCGCGAUCAAGACUCGUCGAAAAAUGGCUCGUGUUUGCAACGUGGCUACGGUAGCCUUCGAGAAAUCUACGAAGCUAGACUGAAGUCGUGUCCCAGAGACUUGUCUAACAGCACCAAAUCGCUAAAUGGCCAUUUGGAUGACUCUAUGUCCUGGAAGAAGUGUAAGUAUUUAACGCCAGAGACCAGACAGUUGAAGAGGCAACGACAACCGAGCAACCAACCUGACGUGGUACCGUUACCACCUAUGGAGGACAUCUAUCAGCAUCCGAAACCUCCGCGCCGUGUGAAGGACGCGAAAUUACCAUCAAACUCUCUGUCAAAAAACUGCUGGGACAGGAGUCCUGCCGAAGCGGGUGACCCUACGACCAGCAACGGUGCUCCUGUCCCGCUUGAACACACCCACGUAGGGACCACUGAUUGUUCUUACUCCUGCAAGUUUCAAUUGCCCGAGGAAUCGAUGACAAGGUGCAAACACCAAUUGGAAGACCAAAUCAGAAGCAAUUGCACGCGAGGCAAGUCAAAGUCCAACGUUUCUGCAUCAUGGAGCAAUCCUCGUAGUCAUAAAGAUAAAAAGAAGUUGUUCGAUCAGUAUUGUAAACAGGAUAACCAGAGGAGGAACAGCGAACCUCAAACUUACAAAAAGCAUCUGACAAAACCUUCCAGAAACUGCGAAUCGACCAGCAAUUCCACGAGUCAUUUAUCCGGUUAUCAGCAGCCACGAAUGAAAGUAGAAGAUAGCGGAUACUUAAGCAGCACAGACAGCAAUGGCUCGCACAAACAGCUACUGAAACACGAGGUGAGCAGCGUUUCGGAAACCGACGAGACAGAAUCCGUAUGUGACGGUGCGAGCGAAAGCGGCGCCGAAAGCGUUGGAACAGACAGUGUCUUCUUUGGAAAUUUCCGCAGACUCUCAGGCGUGGAAAUUGGAAUGAAGCACACGUACCUUCAACCGUUUUGUACCAGGAAUGAGAACGGUGUUUUAGAAAGGGCAAACUUUAGCACCAGCGAUAGCGAGACUGAGAGUUUCAUCACGGUUCUUCCGCCAUGUGGAACUAGAGAGCCAAUUUAAUCGUAAAGCUGUUUGAUGAGUAAAGUUGUAUUGUUUUUCUGUUAUUUCGAUAUCGUGUAGCAAAGAAUUGAUUAGCAUAAAUUGUAGUAUAAUUAUUGUACCUGUUUAGAGGUUGCAAUUGAUGAUUGUGAUGGUAAUUAUAGAAUUUUUUACGUCUUGCUUUUUUUUCUUUUUCAAAGACUAUAUAGUAAAAUGAAUGAAAUGACUUGGAUAUACAGUACUAAAUACACUCAGAAUGAGUAAAAAUCAAAAUUAAAUUGCCAUCUAUCUACGUGGAUAGAUAUUUUCACAAUAGUGGCAAUUCACAAACAUUCUCACAAAAGACAUAAUUAGUAUUGUUUAAUAACGCGUUUAAGGGCCAGUACUUUCAUGUUUCUAUUACUUCUGCACAUUACAUUGUAUCUUUUACAGACAGUCCUAGAUUUUAAGUAGAAACAUAAAUAGAAGUUUCUUGAAUGUAUAGAAUUAUCUUUUACUGAUUUUUUACUAUUUUUGUUUAAUGAACUGGUUUUCUUAAUCUAAGGAUAACUAUGCGUAAAUUCCUUUUUACUUAAUUGAUAAAACGUGACAGACGCGUUUGAAAGUUCUCUAAACGGGUAAAUGUACAGUUUAAUUACUGAUAUUAAGUCUGAGUAAAUCUGAAAGUAAACUACUUCGCAUUUACUAGUUUACCGACUCUUGAUAUACUUAUAUCAUAUGUUAUGAAAAGGGUUACUAAAUUUCAGGGAAGAUUUAUUUAAUCGUAUCCCUUAUAUUCUACUAAGAAGGAUAUAUAUAUAUAUGUCGGAGAUGAAAGGACAACGGAGCCUUCCCUUUGGAACUUUAGGAAAAUCCCUUAACACUGUAAUCUAGAUUCUAUCACAGCCGUAAUUAAGCAAUUUUCGUCAUUCAAUCCGAUUGUAUUUGUUCGAGACUUGUGAUAAUGAGCUUGGGCUCGAGGCGACAACCAGUCGCCGAACGUAGCCGCGAUCAAGGGAUGAACGUUUUGUCUAACAAAGGUAUGUAGUAAUAGUAUAGUUCUCCUUAAAAAGAAAUAGUUGUAGCGGCACUCGACAGUAAACAUUUCAACGGUUUCUGUUCCGUGGCUCGCCACACGCAGACCCUAUUCUUCGAGUAAGAUGAUUACCAAAUGUCGAUGCAUCUCCACAGUACAUGUUCAGCUAGCCUGAGGACCCGUUAUAAAUCUUAAAAUUUAGUUAACUAAAGUCCUUCAAACAGGCAAACAGUCUUUGUCCCAACUACGGGAAGAUAGGGGAAAUUUAUUUUUCUCGCGAACGACGCUUCCCGCUAGCAACUUUUCCUCAAGGGUGGCUAGCAUCCUUCUCUAACCACCAACAUGGAAAUUGAACAAUUAACAGCAACGUCAAUUUCCCUCACUUUCCGAACGAAGGCAUCUCUCCACGAAUCCGAUGAUCUCGUGUCCUUAGACACACCACAUCAUAGUUUUCCUCUGCAGCAUCAUCGUGACGGAAAGUCAUUCUUCUCGUGAGGUCUCAUUAGCGAAUUACAUGGCGUCUUUACGCUCGGUGAAUAUUUUACGUUUUAACAAAGAGUUAGUUUAAUAAUACUUGUACCGUAGACAAGCAAGUUGAGUACAACUUGGACUUUGGAAGAAAACGCAUUUUGUUGUCCCGUUGACCGCAGAUUCGUUAUUGAACCUAGGAUCAUUGUCGUUAGUUUCUCGAGUAUCUAAUUACCACGGUUACUUGUCAAAUUCUGUAAUAAUCAUAUUUGUACUAGUAAAUAUCUCCUUUAUCGCAUAACAACAACGUCUAAUCCAAAUGAAGAUUCGUUUCACGCCCCUAACCCUAAUCAUAAUGUGAACCCGACAUAUAUAUAUAUAAUUCAUUUAGAGGAGGAAAAAGGAAUUGUGGCCGACGAUACGUAGAAAUUGCCAUCGUAAUUUAACUUGAUAGUGAAGUGGCCGGAAGUGCAAUAUUAUGUGGUAAAGAUAUAAUAGAUAAAUAAUUAAACAGAUUACUGAUAUUCUUACUAGAAUAUUGUAAUACUACAACUUAUAAUUGCUAGUCGAUGUGAUAGUAAUUUCCUUACGAAACGGAAAAAAAAUUUUUAUAUCAAAUGACAUACAAAGAAUUGAUUACAACACGCACAAGUAGGAAAUUAUAUAAACAACGUAAAAGUUGUUUUGUUUUCACACCACCAUGUAGUUAUCCAAUCUUGAAUUUUAAUGUUAUUAAUACACUUGUUAUUGUUAUCUUUCAUGUUAGUCAUGAAAUAAAAGAGAUUAUAACAUUUUAUAUAUUCAUCAAAGGAGACCUCGACUACUUACCGAUGUUUCACAUUUUAUUUAAUUAAUGGUUAUCUUAUUUAAUUUGGUGCUCAUUGUUGACUUUAUUGUUACAAAAUAUUACGCUUUGUUUAAUAAUGGCAUUUAUCACGAAAUAUAAAGUUAACUGUAUUUGUUAUUAUCGAAAUAGAUUUUUACAUAUUUCCUAUUUAUGUAUUUUAUAUUUAUAGUAUGUUACAUCCUAAUAUAUAUGUACUUUCGUUAUUCUAUUAAUUUAUUAUAGUCAUAUAUAUUUAUAUUCUAGGAUAAAAAAUAAUUGUUAAACAAAUAGAAACAAAACAAAUAAUAAUAAUUGUUAUAUGUUAGAGCUUAAAAAUAUUAAUAAGAAUCGUCGCGCCUCGCCUCUCGUAAUAGAGUAAUCUUUUUCAUAUCAGAAGCGCACGCUUCAAUGUACCUGCCAGAUGUAUAUAAAAUAGAUUUUAAUAUAUUGAAUGUCUAUAAUAUAACAAUAUA